GUUUAACAGCAGGAUUCAGGCCUCUCUCGUUUACUCCGUCCUCCAUUAUUUUCCCUUCUAAACUAAACCCAUAGAACUCGCGGCUUCUUCUCGUGACUCUGCUCUCGGGCUCUCUCUCUUUUUCGGGAUCGCAGCCUGAGGUCGGAAUAUUCUCGGGAUUUUUCGGUUUUUGAUUUUUUAAUCUUUUCUUCUCUCAGAUUCUCUGGUUUCCGUAUAAGCAUAUAUUGGGUGGAGAGGGAACAGGAAGCCAUGGAUGCUUGCAGUUUGACAGUAAAGGGCAAUGCUCUUGCCUUUCAAGUGAGGAAAAAGGGAGGAUUGGGAAGAGAGAAUGGAAUUUGGGGAGAUGAAAAUGGUUUCAUGUCUAAGGUUCUUAGGAAUAGGAAGUGUGUUAGUGGGAGGAGUUUGGCUGGAAGGGGGAAGGAAGGAUCUAUUGUCUCUGUUCUAACAUCAAAUGUCAACAGUGAAACUAAGGAUUUUCAAGCGCCAGUGUUUGCAAGAGAAAGGGCCGAACCAAAGAAUGUUGCUUCCAUCAUAUUGGGAGGCGGAACUGGAGCAGAGCUCUUUCCCCUUACCAGCACAAGAGCUACAGCAGCUGUCCCCGUUGGAGGAUGCUACAGACUUAUUGAUAUUCCAAUGAGCAACUGUAUAAACAGUGGCAUAAACAAGAUCUUCAUUAUGACCCAGUUUAACUCUGCUUCUCUUAAUCGACAUAUUGCUCGUACUUACAAUUUCAGCAACGGAAUCAACUUCGGAGAUGGAUUUGUUGAGGUUCUAGCAGCUACACAAUCACCUGGAGAAGCUGGAAUGAACUGGUUCCAAGGAACAGCUGAUGCCGUGAGACAAUUUAGCUGGGUCUUUGAGGAUAACAGGAAUAAGAACAUUGAGCACAUUAUUAUUUUGUCUGGUGAUCACCUCUAUCGCAUGGACUACAUGGACUUUGUGCAGAAGCAUAUUGAUGCAGGAGCUGAUAUCACUGUUUCUUGUGUUCCUGUGGAUGAAAGCCGGGCAUCUGACUAUGGCUUAAUUAAGCUCGAUAAAAUGGGUCACAUCGUCCAGUUCUCUGAGAAACCUAAGGGCGCAGACUUAGAGUGUAUGAAAGCUGACACAACAGUUUUCAGGCUCUCUCAAAAAGAAGCCAUGAAAUACCCUUAUAUUGCUUCGAUGGGUAUCUAUGUUUUCCGAAGAGAUGUUCUCUUCAAGCUACUCAAAUGGAGGUUUCCAAAAUCAAAUGAUUUUGGUUCCGAGAUUCUUCCUUCAGCUUUACUAGAGCAUAAUGUUCAGGCAUAUAUGUUUAAUGAUUACUGGGAGGAUAUUGGAAAGUUGAAGUCCUUUUUUGAUGCAAAUUUGGCCCUCACCGAGCAGCCUCCAAAAUUCCACUUUUAUGAUCCAAAAACACCCUUCUAUACAUCACCACGAUUUUUACCUCCGACUAAAGUGGAUAAGAGCAGGAUUGUUGAUGCAAUUGUAUCACAUGGCUGCUUUCUGCGUGAAUGCAGUGUUCAGCAUUCUAUAGUAGGCGUUCGUUCGAGACUGGAUUAUGGUGUAGAACUGAAGGACACUGUGAUGAUGGGUGCUGACUUGUAUGAAACUGAAGCUGAAAUUGCUUCUCUUCUGUCGGAGGAUAAGGUUCCCAUUGGCGUAGGUGAAAACACUAAGAUCAGAAAUUGCAUCAUUGACAUGAAUGCGAGGGUCGGGAAGAAUGUGAUCAUACAAAACAAAGAUGGUGUUAGAGAAGCUAACCGGCCGAGCGAAGGGUACAUCAUAAAGGAAGGUAUCACAAUAGUUUUAAAGAACGCAACAAUCAAAGAUGGGACAAUUAUAUAGAAAAUUAGCCUAUACCGAAGCUGUCGGAGCAACAUGUUAUGAAGAGAAAUAAGAGCUGUAAAGUUUAGUACAUAAGAUAUUGGGAGUUAUUAUGAAACUCAGAAUAUCUAUGAAGUAGUUCUGCUUUCUUAUGAAACUGCACUGUAUUAGCCUAUUUUCAUGUAGCUUUCAGCAAUAAAGUCCAUAUUCGGAUGUAAAUAUUGGAGAAGGGCCUUGAAAUGUUCAUCUAUUUCUGUUUAAUAUAAUUCUAUAAAUUUAGUUAUGACCA